AUGUCGUCUACAGCGCCUGGCGCUACGCCCACGGCCGCGUCCGCUAAACCUCCACGUCUCGUCGGUCUCUCACGCGAGAAAAUGGCGCAAUGUACGCAGCAAGCCGAGCGUCGCGGUGUCGUGUACCUCGCGCGUGUCCCUCCGUACAUGAAGCCGGAGAAGUUGCGGUCUUUAUUGACUAAGUACGGGGCCGUCAACCGCAUUUACCUCGUGCCCGAGGACAAGACAUUUUAUAAAAAGCGCGUGACGGCCGGCGGUAACCGUCGUCAAAAGUAUACCGAAGGCUGGAUCGAAUUCGAGGACAAAAAAGUUGCCAAACGAGUGGCGAAACGGCUCAAUACGAUGCCCAUUGGCGGGCGUAAACGUGAUUAUUACCACGACGAUAUGUGGAACCUCAAGUACUUGAGACGGUUCAAAUGGGACCAUCUGACCGAAAAAGUCGCGUACGACAAUCGCAUUCGCGACCAGAAAUUGCGUCUCGCCAUUGCGCAGCACCGAAAGGAGAACGAAAAGUACUUGGAACGCGUGGCACAAGCCAAGCAGUUUGAGAACAUGGACGCACGCAAAGCGGAACAGAAGAAACAGCAGGAGAAGAGGCAGAGCGUGGAAGACGAGGACAAGAAGCUGCCGCACCUUCGUCGAACGUUCCAGCAGAAGAGACCAAUGAGCAGCAAACAGCUGCAGUCGCUUGGAGACGAGGCGAUUGAAAAAGUGUUUCUGGCCAGCAGGGAUGUCAAGCAGUAA